AUGGGAGACCUUCAGCUGUGCUGGAUGGGAGAUUUUAAACAACUGAAGCAGUUUAUAAACGAAAAUAUUGAGUUAAAUGCUGUAUGGAAUUCACCAGGCGGAGACAAGAAAACAUACAGUGACGGCCACACUUCAAUAUCGUGGCGGAAAAACAAGAAAGUCUUGCAAAUAGAGGGUAAAGAGAAGGACCUGAUUAAAUCUAAGUUAUGUUCAGUGUUAUGCAAUGUACAUUCUCAUAUCCUGGCAAAGGAAUCCGUUGCUACAGACGAGGGAAGCGGAAAUUCCUCCCUGACAUUAUCUGGGCUGUCUGCUGAUAUGGAAGGCAUAAAACUCGAUACCGUGAUUUGUGAAAGAGAGAUUGAAACCAACAGACAUACUAUUAGAAAUCUCGAAGACCGCCUUAAUAAAGUAAGUGGCAACUUCGAAGAAGUUAGUAAUAAACUUGAUAAUAUGAAAGAACUAUAUUUUCCACAUAACCAACAUGUGUCUCAAUCUGCCCCAUUAUUUGAAUAUUCUAAUUUGCUGGAAAAAGAUCUCCCACGGCCGAAAACUCUUUGUUAUGAUAAAUCGACCAGCACAAGAGAUUUAAUCGUAAACAAUCAGAAUCAGAUUACUGUUGACGAAUUACAUCUUUCCCCAACGGGUUUAGCACCCAUGUCAACAUAUACAAGCGUGAAUA